GAAACUGUUGUGGUUUUAUUCCAAUUUUUUUUUUUUUCUAAGAUUUUAGCCUGAAGAGCUAAAACAUGGAGGAUUGCGAAGAACUGACUUUAACCAAAAUUUACAUGGCUAGAAUGAGGAUGAAAAAACUAUUUCAGCCUACUCCGUGCCUGAUGACCUGUUUUGGAGUUGAUGUCGGAAUUCAUGUCCUCUUGAAAGAGGAGAAUCUUUCCCCAACCGGCAGUUACUUUGACAGAGCAGUUCUUAACUCUCUCUUAGUUUUACCAGAGGAUCAGAAACGUCGAGGAGUUAUCACGGCGUCAGAAUCCUGGCCCUUUAUCCGAGCACUGUUCUAUUACGGACCCAAACUCGGGGUACCCUUGACAGUAGUAGUCCCCGAACGAAGUAAAAUUCAGGAACAGUUGUUGAGCAAACCUGGAAAGAACAUUGUGAGCUGUGGGAGAGAUUUCGAUGAGGCAAAGAAGUACGCGGAGGAGGUUGGAAGGGGCGUUAGACUGGAAUAUAUAGAUAGUGACCACAGCCCCACCAUGCUAGUUGGUCUGGGUACCCUGGGGCUCGAGAUCCUAGAACAAUGUAACUGUAACUUGGACGCAGUCGUCGUUCCUGAAAGUGACGCAAACCUUGUUAGAGCGUUAAGAUAUUCUAUAAAAAGUAUUUUCCCCCUCAUCAAAGUAAUGGGUAUACAGGUUAAGGACAAAGAGCGGAAAAGAGACUCGACUGAUGCUUUAAACAAUGCACUUGAAAUCAGUGACGCGGACCUCUUAAGGACAGUUUUGCGAGUUUUGGCAGAGAAAGGUGUCCUUCUCAGUAAAGAGGGGGUGUCAGGAUUAGCGGCUGUGUUGGCCGGGAAACUUGCCCAGCUAAGAAAUGGACCGCGCGUAGUGGUGGUCUCUUGCGAGUCCUGGUUACCCAGUCUUCUACAGUUGGAACAACUCACCAAUUAA